CCGAGUUUUAUUUCAUAUUUUAUCAAACGGAAUCUUCUGUAAAGUGUUACAUAAAAAUAAAUUACGCGUAAAUUUCAGUUGCAUGGAUUUAUUAUAUAUAAUAUAACUAAUUACCACACAAUCAAUGCUAGCGAUUUGGAGUUGGUACAAUUCUUCCGUAAUUAUAUUUUUUACUGUUUGCUUGGAUAAAAGGAAUAAAUUCAGGGAAUGUAAUUCAUACAAAAUAGCAUGUAUUUCUAAAGUUAGACGUCUUUAUACAUGUUCCACAUUUGGCGUGUCUGUUGAUGAGUUUAAAGAAGGAUAAAUUCAAUCUGUACAAAAACUGAACUUUUUUUACAAGAAAGUAUGCGUUCAUUUAUAAACUAUUCACAAAAACAUGAAAUACGGGGCCAUAAACUCUAGAUUUGCAGACGUUAAUUUGAAACCAAAGAACUUAUGGGGCAAGCUAUGAAGCGACGGCGUAUACCUAUUACAGCUGAUAGUAUAAUUUGUAAUAUUAUUCACAACAUGUUUUUGUCAAAACCGUCUAUCAAAUUUCAUCUUAUUUAUUAUCCAUGUAAUGUAAAAUAAAAAUCUUUAAAGAAAAAAUCUAUUUAAACAGACGAGAUAUCUCAUCCAUUCUCCCAUUCAUGAAAGAAGGAUACGGUAGCGUUCUUCACAUUCGGUGUUCGUCUGCUGUUUUCGAGUAUCAGUUGGCGCAUUAGUAUAAGUGGAGUAAAGCGGUGUUUUUUUUACUUUUGGAUAUAUGAUGAUGAUUUCAACAAAGAUGCGGUAAAAAGAAUAUGUAAAAAUGUGAGAGAUACGGAAUAAAGUGGAAUUACUGGAUUAUGUAUAUGUUGUGAUUUGAUAUAAAAUUCUUCUUGGAAAUAAUUAUAUUAUCACUUAUUCAAGGGAUAAAAGAAAUAAUUAUAAUAAUGGACGAAAAAACUGCGUCUACAACUCGACUGGACACACGGUUGAAGGGCUCGAAACAAAGUAGCCCAUGUUUGAAAUUUGUAUCUUACUUUGCAGCAUGUGUUGUUUUAGUAGUGUUUGCUCUUGUGAUGGCGGUGACAGUGUGGACGCUGGUGUCACAUAAUCAGACGGUGACUUUGUUACAGGAGCGUUUACAACAUUUAGAAACAGAAGUAGAAAAUAGUAAAAAUAAUAUUGAUCAAAUUGUAGAAGAAAAAGUAAAAACUAUAUUUAAGGAGAGAUUCCAGGCUUUAGAAGAUUCAUUACGGCGGAAUGAUCCAAAACGGGUUAAAAGGCAACAGUCAUGUAACUGUCCAUCAGGACCUCAGGGACCCAAGGGUGAUCAGGGAAAAAUCGGUCCAAGGGGUAAUCGAGGGAGGAAGGGUGAGAAGGGUGGACGUGGGUAUCCGGGAUUUCCGGGCCCAAUAGGCAUAAAAGGUCAAAUGGGACUGCCAGGAUUAAAAGGCAGUAAAGGCGAUAUUGGCGAAAAGGGAGACAAAGGCGAUAAAGGUGAUAACGGUUUGCCAGGAUUUGAUGGUUUAGGUGAAAAGUCGGGUCAGAAGCGAUCACUGCGAAAAAUUGACGACGUCCGAGAUGGAUAUGACGUUGUUCAGCUUCAGAAACCUGCUGUGGAAGUUAUUACUAUAAAGGGUGAGCCGGGAGAACCUGGUAAAGUUGGACCAAUUGGUCCAUCCGGACCCCCCGGACCUCCAGGUUUGCCAGGAUUCGACGGUGUUGACAGAACAGGAGCCCCUGGUCCACCAGGUCCUCCAGGUCCGCCGGGACCAAAGGGGCGUGAUGGGAGGCCGGGAGAACCUGGAGCAGAAGGAGAGAUAGGCUUACCUGGUUCACAAGGUCCACCAGGUCUAGUAGGGCCUAAAGGAAUGACAGGAACUAAAGGGCGCAGAGGCAUUCGGGGAAAACGCGGUAAGAAGGGCAAAUGUAAAAAAGUUAAAGGUCUCAUGGGUGAUCCAGGUCCUAAAGGUCCAAAAGGGGACAGCGGCCCGCCCGGACCUGAGGGUCCGCGGGGAGAAGUUGGCUCGUCAGGUAACACUGGAAGUCCAGGUCCCCAAGGACCCCAAGGUAAGACUGGAGGUAAAGGAGAGCCAGGUCCGGUUGGACCAAUAGGACCAGAGGGACUUAUCGGACCCCCAGGACUUCCAGGACCUCCGGGUGAGACAUUAGUUAUUGAAGGAGGUGGAAGUGGAGAUGGGGUGAGUACACUUCCAGGACCACCUGGGCCACCAGGACCGCAGGGUACCAUGGGACUUCAAGGUCCACCAGGAAUUAAGGGUGAUCGGGGAAUUGUUGGACCAAAAGGAGAACCGGGUAUAAAAGGCGAUGAAGGUGAUUUUGGACCAAUGGGGUUACCGGGAACGUCAGGUAUCAUGGGGGAGCAAGGACCAGCGGGAGAACCCGGAGUCCCGGGGCCACCUGGACCUCCCGGGCCAGUGACGUCAGCAAUAGAUGGCUCUUGCAAAUGUGAGAAAGGCGAAAAGGGCGACAAGGGCCGAGACGGGAAGCGAGGAAAACGAGGAAAGAAAGGAGAUAUGGGCGCAGCGGGUAUUCCAGGUUUAGAUGCUCCAUGUCCUCUAGGCAAAGAUGGUUUUCCAUUACCUGGCUGCCAAUACGAAAUGCCAAAUAAGGGUGUGCCGGUUCUAGAUUCCCGACCAUGUCCUUUUGGAGAGGAUUGUUCACUCACUGGACGAAAUCCAUGAUAGCUUCAAAUAUUAACUAUCUUGAAAACAGAAAAAUACAGAUACUACAUACAAGAACCUCAAAUGAAUGGCAAGAAACUUCGUAGUGUGAUUCUUUAUCUAGAAUCAUAUAUAUGUGCAUAUUAAAAAAUGCCAAAUUUCAUAUUUCUAUUUAAUAAUAUUUUUUACUACCUAUCUUGUAUGCUAUCUUCAAAAUGUUAUAUACAUUACAGACAAAUUGUCGUUCAGGAUAAAAACAUUUAACAUCUGUGACAAUAACUCUGUGUUCAGAAUUGUAAUUGAUUAUGACGACAGAUUUGUUUUGACAUCAUAUUCGAUAAAUGCAAAUCAAGCUUUUAAAAUGUAAGGUCAUACCAAAUAUUAUGUCUGUAUUUUGUUCCGAAACCGAGAUAUUGUGCAUUUAGUUAACUUCUUUUGCUAUCACAAAAACAAACAAAGUCCAUUAUUUUCAUGAGAGCUUACCAAAAAAAUACGAAAUCACGUGUUUUAAGAUGCAAAGAUUGUUAGUUUUUACGACAAAGAUAUCUGAUAAAUUAAAAUGUGCCUGAAUGUAUCAACUAAACAGGGCCAUUUUUCCAAAUGUUUUCGUUAGAAUACUUUUUGUUAUGUCAAAAAUGAAAAAAAAGCUGUGGCAAUUAUUACCGUACGUAGACAUUAAAUUUCAGUUGACCUUACUUACUUAUGACUUCAAAUCACAAUAUUGUUGGAGUAAAGAAAUAUUGAUGAUAACAACUUUAAUGUCUAACAACUUGUCUAUAUUCAAAUACGCCUUGUCAGUUGUAUAUUUUGUUGUAUUUCAUGUACAUAAAUGUUUUAAUUUGUGUCAUUCCUGAGUGACAUAAGAAAGUUUUGCAUACCAUUUAUAUUUUACAAUACAUGUAUGUAUGUUAUAUAUUACUCGGAGAAAAAAAUAACCAGUUUGAUAUUCACAUACUUCGUUUUUUAGAUACAUAAGGUUUAUUACUGUAAAACUUGUGUCAUACUUAUAUAUAUAAAUAUUGGCUUUGUCAGUAUUUUGCUUAAUUUCACAAACACAUUGGCUUUUGACUCCUUAUCAACUAAAUUAAAAUCUAAUGGCCUAAUAACCUUUUUUGAUCAUACGUAGGCAUUUGAUUGUUUAAAUGUCCUAUAUAUCAAAUCAUUUUGUAUUUAAUGAAUUAUUUCAACGUGUACCAUAUUAUGUCAAGUGUCAAUAUAUAAAUUCUCCAUAUUGUCAUCAGCUACAUCAGUUAGCACUGUCAUUGUUUAGGAUGACCUAUCAUUUACCAUUUAAACAGAAAUUCAGUUAACAAAAUAAAUGCAUCCUUGAUACACGCAGUUUUCAGUGAUCACUGAAAUAGUCGCAUUGCUAUUGUCCUUCUGUAGUUGGUUUGUCCAAUAUGACUGCUUCAUUUUGCAAAUUUUUCGUGUCAUUAAAAUGACUAAAUUAGUAUUAACUUGGUUUUUGUAGAUCUAGAUCAUAUAUUCUUGGUGAUAAACAAAAACAAAAGUUUCCAUUAUUCUUGGUGGUUCUUGGUGAUUAACAAACAUAUAAGUUUCCAAUCUAAGAAAUAUGAACUUUUGAAGCUACAUUUUUACACCUUCACAUUGUUUAUGCAAAGUACAACAACCAUGUUCUCACAAGAAAUGAUCUUGUCUGUAGACAAUACCUUACCUUAAAGUUAUUAUUGAAUUGUAAACACAAUUUCAGGCAUCGAAAUAAAAUUCUGUUUCACUCUGACUCAUAUUUAUUGUUUUAGUUAUGAGACGACAACUUCAAACUGUUUUACAAAUUCAGAUUUAAUGAAAGUUUCCAUAUAACAGGCAUAUGCAUGGAAAGCAAAACACGAAAAAUGUUAACAGCCUUUUUAUUUAUAAGACAUUGAGGCGGUUACAGUAUGCCUGAAUUAUGAACUAUAUAUUUAAAAUCAUAUGAUCAAGUAUUAUGAUAACAUUGACCUGUUUUGCCAGUCCGAGAUCACUCCGAAUUGUGUAAAUAAUGUAUAUUUUACAAAAGUCAAUGACUGAUUAUGGUAACACUAUACAUGUUUAUUUCGCUAUAUUAAUAUAUACUUGGGUAAUAUAUCACAUGGUUAUGUUUCAUAAUGUAUGUUAAGCAGAAUGUCUGUAUAUUUUGUAUUUUGUAAUAAAUUUGUAAAUUUA